GUUUCCGGUUACACGCGGAAGUGCCGGGUCUCAGCGGCGGAGGCUCUGCAGUCAGCAUGGCCAGCAGAAACAACAACAAGCUGCCCAGCAACCUCCCGCAGCUACAGAAUCUGAUCAAGCGGGACCCGCCGGCCUACAUCGAGGAGUUUCUACAGCAGUAUAAUCACUACAGAUCCAAUGUGGAGAUUUUCAAAUUACAACCAAAUAAACCCAGCAAGGAACUAGCAGAGCUGGUGAUGUUCAUGGCACAGAUUGGCCACUGCUACCCAGAGCAUCUCCGCAGCUUUCCCCAAGAGCUCAAAGAUCUCCUCUCCUACAAUCACACCGUCUUGGACCCAGAUCUUCGAAUGACAUUCUGCAAAUCCUUGAUCUUGCUGAGAAACAAGAAUCUCAUCGAUCCGUCGGGGUUGCUGGAGCUCUUCUUUGAACUUCUGCGUUGCCACGACAAGCUGCUGCGAACGACUUUAUACACACAUAUUGUGACUGAUAUCAAGAAUAUAAACGCCAAACACAAGAACAAUAAAGUCAAUGUGGUCUUGCAGAACUUCAUGUAUACCAUGUUAAGAGACAGUAAUGCAACUGCAGCCAAGAUCUCUUUGGACGUGAUGAUCGAGCUCUAUAGAAGGAACAUCUGGAAUGAUGCUAAAACUGUCAAUGUUAUCACGACGGCAUGUUUCUCUAAGGUGACCAAGAUACUGGUUGCUGCUUUAACAUUCUUCCUCGGGAAAGAUGAAGAUGAAAAACAGGACAGUGACUCGGAAUCUGAGGACGAAGGGCCAACAGCCAGAGACCUGCUAGUGCAGUACGCCACAGGGAAGAAAAGCUCCAAAAACAAGAAAAAGUUGGAGAAGGCAAUGAAAGUGCUCAAGAAACAAAAGAAGAAGAAAAAGCCAGAGGUAUUCAACUUCUCAGCUAUUCACUUGAUUCAUGAUCCCCAAGACUUUGCUGAAAAACUUCUCAAGCAGCUGGAGAGCUCUAAGGAGAGGUUUGAAGUGAAGAUGAUGCUCAUGAACCUUAUCUCCAGAUUGGUGGGAAUUCACGAGCUUUUUCUCUUCAACUUCUACCCCUUUGUGCAAAGGUUCCUGCAGCCCCACCAACGAGAAGUGACGAAGAUCCUUCUGUUUGCUGCACAAGCUUCUCAUCACCUUGUGCCCCCAGAGAUCAUUCAGUCCUUGCUGAUGACCGUGGCCAACAAUUUUGUUACUGACAAGAACUCUGGGGAAGUCAUGACAGUAGGCAUCAACGCUAUAAAGGAGAUAACGGCCCGAUGUCCUCUGGCCAUGACUGAAGACCUUCUCCAAGACUUGGCUCAGUACAAAACCCACAAAGAUAAGAAUGUGAUGAUGGCUGCCAGGACUCUGAUUCAGCUCUUCCGGACACUGAAUCCCCAGAUGUUGCAGAAGAAAUUCCGCGGGAAGCCUACAGAGGCAUCCACAGAGGCACGGGUACAGGAGUACGGAGAGUUAGAUGCUAAAGAUUAUAUUCCAGGAGCAGAAGUGUUGGACGUGGAGAAAGAAGAGAAUGAUGACAAUGAAGAAGACGGGUGGGAAAGUGCCAGCCUCAGUGAGGAAGAGGAAGAGGAAGCUGACGGGGAGUGGGUCGAUGUGCACCACUCUUCCGAUGAAGAGCAACAGGAAAUUUCCCGGAAGCUGAGCAGCAUGCCCAUGGAGGAGCGGAAAGCCAAAGCCGCCGCCGUCAGCACAAGUCGGGUUUUAACUCAGGAAGACUUCCAGAAAAUCCGCAUUGCCCAGAUGAGGAAGGAACUGGACGCUGCCCCAGGGAAAGCCCAGAAGAGGAAGUACAUUGAAAUAGACAGUGAUGAGGAGCGCAGGGGCGAGUUGCUUUCCCUUCGGGACAUUGAACGCCUUCAUAAAAAGCCCAAGUCUGACAAGGAGACAAGGCUGGCGACGGCCAUGGCUGGGAAAACAGACCGAAAGGAGUUUGUAAGGAAAAAAACCAAAAUGAAUCCAUUCGCUAGCUCCACAAAUAAAGAGAAGAAGAAGCAGAAGAACUUCAUGAUGAUGCGCUAUAGCCAGAACGUCCGGUCCAAGAACAAGCGUUCCUUCCGAGAAAAGCAGCUGGCACUACGAGAUGCACUUUUGAAAAAGCGAAAAAGAAUGAAGUAACUUCCAAGCAAGUUUUCCAAUCCAGAGAGAAUGCUAUUUAUGUUGCUCUGUAUAUUAGUAAAGCAAGAAUGUUGGUUUACAUAAGAG